AUGGGAAAGAUUUCACAAGAUCAUGACAAGUUGGACUCAGACACAAUUGCAGAGGCCAUUAGGCCGUUGGUCGAAGCAGACCCGUCGAUAAAGGUGAAGUCUGUUAUUGCAGAAGUUCAAUCCAGGUUCAACUACACUGUAAGUUACCGCAAGACUUGGUUGGCAAAGCAAAAAGCUGUCGCAAAGGUUUUCGGUGAUUGGGAAGUUUCUUACCAGACUCUGCCAGUAUGGUUAAAAGCAAUGACUGUGAAGAAGUCAAGGUCUCGUGUUCAGAUAAAAAUGCUCCUUGUUUACCGUGAAGGUGAGAAAAUUCAAGGGGUAAGAGUUCUAUACUGCGUUUUUUGGAGCUUCUAUCCAUGUAUUGUAGCAUUCAGACACUGCAAGCCAUUGGUGCAGGUUGAUGGCACUCACCUAUACGAAAAAUAUAAAGGUGCACUUCUGGUUGCGGUUGCACAAGAUGUGAACCAAAACAUUGUGCCUAUUGCAUUUUCGAUAGUCAAUGGUGAGACGAGAGACUCAUGGGAGUUUUUCCUAAUCAACUUGCGGAGAUAUGUUGUUACCAUUGAUAGCGUGGGUAUUAUUUCUGACCGCCAUACCUCCAUCGACGCUGCAAUAGCUUGCAGUAACAGUGCAUGGUCACCACCAAAAGCGUGA